UGCUGCAGAGAGAUUUGUUUCUGUUCUUUUACGAUAACCUAAACUGGGGAUACUUUCUGCUAAACUUGAAGUUCCAUGGGCCAAAUGAAUCCCUUCUUUCUGAUGGCUGGGAAUGUCCCAACUGGGCUACCUCAGAGAGAAGGCACAUACUCUUUAGGGUCAUAAAAGGAGACAGAAACUGAGAUGAGGAUGGGGAGCAGGCCUUAAGACCUGAUCUAAUGCAGACCGCUUCAGUCAGUUUAGCCACCUUCCUUUCCUGCCAUUUAUUCUCCCCUCCUUUUUUUCUCCCCAGUGUUACAUACGUUUAUGAUGGCAUGAACAUUUGGGACUCUCAUUAUGCUGUUUUCACCAUUUUGGCCAAAAUAUAAUGAUACUAAGCUGUCCUGACUCCUGCAUUGACCCUGCCCAAGAAGCCUUAGAAAACGGUGAAGUUCCCGUUGGCUGCCUCAUGGUCUACAACAAUAAGAUCGUGGGGAUGGGGAGAAAUGAAGUUAAUGAAACUAAGAAUGCUACUCGACAUGCAGAAAUGGUUGCAAUUGAUCAGGUCUUAAAUUGGUGUCUCCGGCGCGGCAAGAAUCCCACAGAAGUGUUCCAACGCACAGUUUUGUAUGUAACCGUGGAGCCAUGUAUUAUGUGUGCUGCAGCCCUGCGCAUAAUGAGAAUACCUUUGGUUGUAUAUGGCUGUCAGAACGAGCGAUUUGGAGGUUGUGGCUCUGUUCUGAACAUCUCCUCCGAUGACUUACCAAAUACCGGCACUGCAUUCCAGUGCAUUCCGGGACAUAGAGCCAAGGAAGCAGUAGAAAUGUUAAAAACCUUCUAUAAGCAGGAAAACCCAAAUGCACCAAAAUCAAAAGUUCGGAAACUCGAUGGUCACAAACGGUGAACUGGUACCCGUGGAAGACUGGAGCUAAAUAGUCACCUGGAGUUGUUCUUGGGAUGGAAGCUCUAGCCUACUGUAGAUUUUAAAUCAGUUGCCAAAUGAUUUUCUGUCAUCUGCUACAACUAGUGGAUGAACAAAUACUUUUGCAAACUUAGACAUUUGUAAAUAUUUGUUAGCCUUUCAGCUGGCUGAAGGAAUAUUUCACUGUGGCAGCCUGACAGGUUAUAAAUUAGCAACUGACAUUUGUCUAAAUGGCCCUAAAGAUGAUAUGUGCUAAAUCAGGGAAAGUACUCUGGCAAAUAAUGAACCUGGUUCUCUGUGCACCAUACCAGCAGGCUUGAAACAGUAGAACUUGGCCCUGGUCAUUUAUGCUUCCCCCAAACCCCAGUGCUCUGAGGAGCAGCUAGAGAUCUUACCCUGCUAAUAGUUUUCCUUCUUAGAGUGGCUUUCUGCCUUUAUAAAGUCUUAGCGACAUUAUCUUUUCCUCAGAUGAUUAGAUGUGUCAUUUUAAAUAAUAACAGCACACUGUUGCUGUGUGAUUUUUUUUAGACUUAAUCUCUAUUUUUAUACCAAAGAUGAUCACAAAGCCACCAUAUUGUUAUUAAAAAUGAAAAUCAAAUGUGUGUAGCUCAGUUCUGACUUUUUUAGCGCGUCUCUUUUCAGUUAGAAAGAUUGUGAGUUUGUUAAAUAAGCACCUUUGAGAGUAUGAAGGGUAUAAAUAUAUAUUUAAAAAGACUUGCUGUUAACUCAUUCCAAAGUGAGAAAAAAUUGUGAUGACAAGCUUCCUGAAACUUAGAAGGAAAGUAGCAAUAACAAAUUUUACAGAUGCAUUCCUUCCUGAAUCUUCACUUAUGUGAAUGCAAGUGUUUACAUAGCAAUGUUAUACAAGUUAGCCCAGAAGAGGGCCAUCUUGUUCCAUCAAAGCAACAGAAAUCCAGGCACAAACCGAAUUUUCCAAUGUAUUAUUACUUCAGGGGGCUUUGUUUCAUCUUCUUUACUAGCGGAUUCAAAAAAGUAAGAAAUGCCUCUGGCUUUGUUCAUUAAAUUCAGGGAUAUAGAACUCAAUAUUUUAUAAAUUACUGAUGACUGAGUUACCUGCUGAAAACAAUUGCAUGUAGAGAUAUUUUGUGGGUUUUUAAAAACUGAAUUUGGUGGAAACUA